AUCGCCCAGUUCACCCCGUCUACGUAUCCAGGCCUGGGGUCGCAAAGUCCCAUGGAGGAGGCCACGGCCAUUUUCGUUAUCAUUUCCAGCAUGGCUCUGAUGGGCUCGAUGGUGUCCAGGAUGGUAGCCAUGAUGAACCAGCUGAAUGCGAUGGUCGCCGAGCGGCGAAGAACCCAGCGGCAAGUCCAGCGGUACCUAGUCGUCAACAAGAUCCCAGCGGAGUUGUCUGUUCGCAUCCAGCGCUGCGUGGAGCAUGGUCUGGAAGCACGCACGAAGCUGGUUGCGAAGCCCGCCCAGCUCAGCAUGCUGCCGCAGAAGCUGACCGCUGAGCUCACGAUGGCGCAGGUCGGUUACAACUUCCAGUUCCACCCGUUCUUCAACCUCAUCAUUCAGGCCAAGCUCAGCGUCCUGAGCGAGCUCUGGGGCGCUUUCAAGCCAGCCUUCUACGAGAUCGGCGACUUCGUGUUCAUCGCCAGCAGCGCUGCGCGCGGCAUGCACUUCACGUCCUCCGGGGUGUACAGGCUCCAGUUCGGGAUCGUUCAUGCGCCCGACCUGGAGAUGCAUCAGGACUUCAGCAUGCCGCAGUGGUUCGCGGAGGCCAGCCUUUUCACAAGCAUGACGCACGUCUCUACACUGACUGCCAGGAGCUUUGGCGAAGUGUUCCUUCUGACGGGUCACGCUUUCGCCGACGCCAUGUCCAGCUCGCCCAUCGGGAUCGUGGCGGUGUUCGAGUACGCCCAGGCGUUCCUGCGCGCCGUGCGGCACCACUGUGAGAGCGAUGUCGGGCUGACGGGGCUCGACCUGCUCCCAGGGACGUUCUCCACGGACGCGACGCAGGCGACCGAGCUGGCCGAGGUGGUCACGUCGCAGGCGCAGGCGGACGGCGGAGGAGGGAUGUCCCCCUCGAAGGAACCGAUGCGGCGGGUCGCCUCGUGCAUUCAGACCGCUCCGAGGGACACCCCGCUGGGCUUCAUCCAGAAGGUCAUGCACGGCAGCCUCGAUGACGCGGCCAUCCGCGCCGAGCUGGAGGAUCUGUUCCCGGAGGUGCAUUCCUUAGGGGGGACGUACAAGCGCGCUGGGCUCCAGGACGAGAGGGAACGCGCCGUCCUCUCGAUGAUGAGCGCGUUCUGGCUGAUCCGGGAUCAGUAUGAACCCAUGGUCGCUGGCCAGCACGCGAAGAAAAAACUGACAGAGGAGACAUGGACGAGUUUACAGCAUGCCAUUAGAUGGGUCGACCUUGACGAGGACAUGACUCAGGCGGCGCUGGUGUUCUUGGCCAUCCGCGGCCUCGGAAAGGCGAGGAGGUUCAGCCGCAUGUGCCCGCCAGGGCCUCUGAGGCGUCACUCGGAGCUCGCGGUGGCCUUCGCGAUGCGAGAGCUCCCGCUGGUGGUGCCCUCCGUUGGGGGCCUCUCGGCGUACCAGUUCGACCUCGUCAAGACCUCGUUGGAGCUGACCGUGGACUUCUCGCUGCAGCAGAUGCUGCAGGGGGAGACCAGCCCUGUCAGCAUCCACCGGCUACAGCGAGCGGCCGAGGACGUCGGCAGCCAGGGGGUCAAAUUCUACCUGUUCGUGCAGGUGUGCAUGAUGUGCGGGAGCGAGGUCAAGUGGGACAGCGAAGGCUGCCCCUUCUUGACCGAGGCCAACGCCCGAGUCCUCGUGACGGGCCUCGAGUGCCUGCGGCAGUUCGAGCAGGAGGAGGCCCGCAAGCUCUACUGGACGUACGUGUCCACCCGUGCCAGGAUGCUGGACGUGGCCUCCGUGGGGCCCGAGGAUCUGGCAUUCGCGCGGCUCAUAUGUCUCACAGACGCGAACGACCAAGAGAAGCUCAAGGCGGUGAGGCAGGCGUGGUCGUGCCUCGGCUCCCCGGAGCGCAAGAUCUUGGUGGAGUGGUUCCUGCGGGAUGGCAUGGCGGACAGCACGUUCACGUUCAAGUUCUUACCGCAAUACCUCGCCAACGCCAAGAGCAACCGCGCAGUGGGUAUUCUCGAGGCGCUGAUGGUGCUCCUGGACUUCAUUGAGAGGCUCCUCGAGUGCGGCUGCAUGGACAGCGGGUCCAACGUGAUUGUGGACAUGUCGGACCUCGCGGUGAUUGUGAAGGAGGUGCGGAUGCCCCGCGGGCUGACGAAGGCCGUGGAGGUCGCGAAGAUCGUCUACCAGCAGGACAAGGCCGCCAUCGUCAUGACAUCGAGGAGCUGGCGCCUCGCGACUGCUCUGUCCACCUUCAAGCAGCGCAUCAGCUGGGACGACGUCGUGCAGAACCAAGAGGGCGACGACCUGGACACCAGCAGGCUACAGUCCAGCAGGCAGAGCGUCUGCUCGGCCAUGGGGACUUCGCCGCAGGUGUCGUCGGCCUCCCCGGCCCAGUUCGCGGUCUGACCCGCGCCACUGGGCCCCCCGCUGCGCCUUCUCCACCCUUCGGAUCUGGACUUCGGAA